AUGGGCAAAUCUCAGAGCAAACUGUCCCAGGAGCAGCUCGCAGACCUCCAGAAGAACACCUACUUCGAUAAAAAGGAACUCCAGCAAUGGUACAAAGGCUUCAAGAAAGACUGUCCUUCAGGCCAUCUUGAUAAAGCAGAGUUCAGUCGGAUAUACAAGCAGUUCUUCCCCUUCGGCGAUCCGGCAGAGUUCGCUGACUAUGUCUUCAACGUCUUCGAUGCCGACAAGAGCGGUCAGAUCGACUUCAAAGAGUUUAUUUGUGCUCUUAGCGUGACGAGCAGAGGCCGUCUAGAAGAGAAACUUAAAUGGGCAUUCCAACUCUACGACAUCGAUAAGGAUGGCACUAUUACAUACGAUGAGAUGCUCCAGAUUGUCCAAUCCAUCUACAAGAUGACCGGGGAGAUGGUGAAGCUACCAACAGACGAAGAUACGCCAGAAAAGCGAGUCGACAAGAUCUUCAGAAACAUGGAUAAAGAUAAGGAUGCAAAACUUACCUAUGACGAGUUUGUGGAAGGCAGCAAACAGGACCCAACUAUCGUCCAGGCGCUGUCACUAUACGAUGGUUUGGUGUAG